AUGACCACCGUGCAGGCCCAGACCCUUCCAUAUACCAUGACUGGCGGCGACAUGCUUGCCCAGGCAAAGACUGGCACCGGCAAGACGUUUGCAUUCCUCAUUCCUGCCAUUCAGAAGCUCAUCACCAACCCUGGCCGCACCUCGCAAGCAGCCUCCGCCACGUCUCGCCCCGUCUCUCUCCUCGUCAUCUCUCCCACGCGAGAGCUGGCCAUCCAGAUCGCAGAAGACGCCAAGCGCCUGCUAUCCCGCUUUCCUGGGUACAAGGUCCAGAUCGCCGUGGGAGGAACCAACCCAAAGACUGGCUUCAGAAACAUCAUGGCGGGCUGCGAUAUCCUGGUCGCCACGCCUGGUCGCAUCUUGGACUACCUCGGUGAUGAGGGCGGGCAGCUGCAGGCUAAAAUGCAGGGCCUACAGACAUUCGUCCUGGACGAGGCCGAUCGCCUCAUGGACAUGGGCUUCCUCCCUGAUAUCCAGAAGAUUGUGAGAUACCUGCCAGACAAGGCCUCGACCAACCGUCAGGGCAUGCUCUUCUCCGCCACCAUCAACCAGCGCGUCGAGCAGUUCGCUAGCAUCGCACUGUCAAACGGCUACAAGUUCAUCUCCACCAUCCCCAAGGGCGAGGCCCAGACCCACGAGCACGUGCCCCAGCGCCUCGUCACCGUGCAGGACUUCUCAGACCUCGCCACUGCUGUCCUCGGGGCCCUGCGCCACGAGAUGGCCACUGUCGGAAGCAAUGGGCUCAAGGCCAUCAUCUUCGCCCCCACGGCAGCACAAGUCGAGUUCUACAGCCAUGUCUUGGCACUGUUUCCCGACCUUCCCCCCGUCUCUGAGGUCCACUCCCGCAUGACGCAGAGUAAGCGCACCAAGAACACAGACACAUACCGGAAAGCCAAAAGCGGAAUUCUGGUGGCCACAGAUGUCAUCGCUCGUGGUCUGGACUUUCCCGGCGUGACCAACGUCUUCCAGGUUGGUCUUCCGUCUGAAAAGGAGGCCUACAUCCACCGCCUCGGCCGAACCGCCCGUGCUGGCGCAGAAGGUCGGGGCACCUUGGUGGUCACCUCACACGAGGCUCAGUUCCCGAGGAAGACCAUGUCCAUGAUCAAGUUCGUAGACACGCCUGCCGGACUGGAUGGUCACGCCUCAGUCAUGAGGAUCGUGAGGGACAUGGACCCCGAGAAGCAAGCCAAGGUGUAUCGGGCUUGGCUUGGCUAUUACAAGUCGCACCUGAAGACUCUGAACUGGACCCCUGCAGAGCUUGUCCGCCAGGGCAACACGUUUGCUCUCGAGGGCUUGGGUGCGACGUCGGUUCCGCCUGUCGAGAAGAGGCUUGUCGGAAAGAUGGGUCUGAAAGGCGUGCCUGGACUCAACAUUGUCGCGACGCCCAGACCCGCCUGA